AUGCACUUCACCAGAAUUUUAUGUCGAGUACCGGUUAUAAAGUUCCGUAAGGGAAUGGGUCCGUCCGCUGCUAGUGCCCCUCCACCUUCUUCAGGCGGCCCUGCGGCAGCCGCUGCUGCUCCAGCUCAGGCCCAGUCUUCAGCGCCAAUGAGUAGUGCAGCUAUAUCAGAUAUUGACCUACCUCUGCGUUACCAACGACGGCCUCUGUCCCAGGAAGAGAUCGACCACAUCAACGGCGGCGGAGUCGAGAGUAAAGUAUCAUCUUCACAAAAUGUAACUCCAGCUUGUGCCAUUAAAAUACCGCGCAGUAUUUUAGUUCAAUAUGGAAAGAAGAGUGAUGUGAUAUCCUUUAAAAUACUUCUCCAAAAAAUUGAAACGGGGCAAAAUAUUUAA